GAGAGAGAGAGAUGGGGAGAGUGUUUACGGUGAGUCUUGAAGGAAAGAUCUACAGUUGCAAGUACUGUGCUACUCAUCUUGCCCUCAGUGAAGACAUCGUCUCCAAGUCGUUUCAGUGCAGGCAUGGGAAGGCUUAUCUCUUCAAUAAGGUAGUAAAUGUGACUCUUGGUGAAAAGGAAGAGAGGAUGAUGAUGACUGGAUCUCACGUAGUCGCAGAUAUCUUCUGCGUCAAAUGUGGUUCAAAUGUUGGAUGGAAAUACGAAACUGCUAAUGAAAAGAAUCAAAAGUACAAGGAAGGCAAAUCCGUGCUCGAGCGGUUUAAGAUUUCAGGCCCCGACGGAAGUAACUAUUGGGUCAGCCAUGGGGCCCACGUUGGAGGAAGUGAUGCCGAUGAUACUUAGCUUCACUCAUUUCUUAACAUCAUUAUCUAUUGAUUCUCGUCUCCCAUUUAAUUGUACAUUCUUAAUUCUCAUCCUUCUUUCAAAUGCUUCUUCAACUGCUGGAUUCGUGACACUGUUUUUAUUUUAAUGGACGCAUGAUCUACUAUUGAAUCGUUAAUGCAAUAUCAGAAAUUAAAUCUGCUGUAAAUUCUUUGUAAAUGAGUUGGAUUCUAACGAGUUCUAUUCGAGUCGUCAAACACUGAUUGAGCUUACGUGGCUUGCUGUCUUA